AAAAGUGAGAAACCGGUGAAUUUGAGUUUUUUUGAGUGUGUCUUUUUAAAUAUUUAAUUUUGUGAGUGUUGUUUUUAUUUUUUCUUAUUAUUGCCAUUACAACCUUGUUAAAUGCAAGGUCGUCUUUGUCAAACGUGGUGGAGUGCAAGAUCUUAACUUAAAAAAAUCAGCUUAAAGUGUCAUCUUUAGAAUAUUAAAAUACAAAAAAAAAAACUAAAAAAAAUCAUAAUAGUUUUUUUUGUUCACAACAUCAUUUAUAAUGAAAUCAUUUACAAUUUUAUUGUUAAUCUUCUUAACAUUGGUCAUUGUUGACUCUGAUGGUAACAGCAACAAAAUCAACAAUACCACCACCAACAGCAGCAGCAGAUUUACCAAAAACACAUUUAGUACAAAUAUUCAUAAUUUUAACACCUCCAUUGUUGGCGAUUCAUCUUCAUCAGCAACAUUUCGUGAUAAAAGAGGUACAGAUUUCGCCUUAGAUCAGUCUGAAAUAGCACGACAAAACCAAAUUACCCAACAAAUUUUAUCCAAUUACUUGGAGCGACGACUCUUUCCACACCGCAGUGCAAAUCAGAAGAUACCCACAAUAGCAGAAAUUCUACCAAAGCCAAAGACCUCAACGGUACGACCAAGGCCACGAGGUUUUGCCGCUUCGUCGCCAUCCUACAAAAAGGGCGCUGCUGCCAAGCAACAACAACGCAAAACUUAUGGCAAUGGCCACAAGAACAGAAACUCACUGUUUCAGCGGCACAAACAACAGCCAACUGCAAAACCUCAAUUUGAGGAUGACUAUGAGGAGGUUGAAACUGAGCGAAAUAUAAAUAACAAUAGCGGUCGUAAACGUCAAAACGACAGCAGCAGAGAGCAAAAUAACGAUGAUGAUUUUGCGGACGAGGCAGUGGUAGAGGAUGUUGAAGAGGAAGCCGCAGCAGAAGAGGAAGAAGAAGUUGAAGCAGAACCUGAAAUACAAAAACACAAUUAUCGAAAACAGCUGCAUCGCCAGCAACAGUUGCAUCGUCAUCACUACAGGUAUUUGGAAGAUAUCGAUGACCCUGAACCGGAUGGCCAGGAAUCGCUACAGAGUGUAGAGUCCGAGCAGCAUGAUCAUUAUUAUAGCAGCAACGGCAGUAGUGGUGAUAUAUUUUCCAGAGAUCCUAGUGAAAAUGAAAUUGAUAGUGACUGUCCAAAUUGUGUAGAUGAUGUGCAGUACAUGAACAAGUGGACAAUGCCGCUCUUAAAGCUGGGCGAAAAACGUUACUAUCUUGGUAUCUUCUUCAAGGCAAAUUGGUUUAAGGCCACACAAUAUUGUCGCUACCAUGGCAUGCAUUUGGCCAGCAUAUCAUCACAAGAAGAGAACGAUAGACUGGAAAAGCACAUAAGAGACUUUGGUUUGGGCCAUGAACACUUUUGGACUUCUGGCACUGAUUUGGCUGAUGAGGGUAACUUCUUUUGGAUGUCCACCGGUCGUCCCAUCACCUUCACCAAUUGGAAUGCUGGCGAACCUAAUAAUUUCCGUUAUGAAAACGGCGAGGAGGAAAAUUGCCUGGAAUUGUGGAAUCGUGAUGGUAAAGGCCUGAAAUGGAAUGAUUCUCCCUGCAGUUUUGAGACAUAUUUUGUGUGUGAAGUCCAGCCGAAUUGAUUGUUAAUGAAUGAAAAACAAAUGUAUAGAAUAACAAAUUAUAAAAAAUUGAAAAAGAAAGAUUCGAAUCACAAAAACACCCAGGCAAUUAACCCAAAACUAUUUGGCAAUCAUUCAAAUAUGUAUUUUUGAAAACCUUUAAAUCAUUUCCCUUUAAUUUCCCUUUGCUAAUACGCUAUAUUGUAUAUUUCAACACCGCUAUCUCGUUUUUUUGUAACUCUCUCAGUUUGUCAAUUUAAACAAAUAACUUUUGCUUUACUCACUCACUUACUUUAUUUACUCCUCUCUAGUUGUUUGUUUUUCAGCAGUAGUUUAGUAUUUGAAAUAUUUUUUGAAUGUAUAUAGAUACAUAUAUGAAACGAUUUUAGUUUUAGUUAAUUGCUAAAACGAAAAGAAUGAAAGAAAUAAUGAAAUUUUUAGCUAGUUAAAACAUUUAAUUUACUUUUAUGCAAAUUACACAUCACUCAUACGCCCUGCCCUCCUGAAUCCAUCGAUUCAUUUGUAAUAAGUAACAUGCGUUGCAACAUUGAUUUGUGAAAUUAAUCGCUUACAAUAAAUAGUUCACCACUUUCUUAAUUAUUAAUAUUUUUAUUGUAUUAUUUUGAUUUAUUAAUUAUUAUUUUACAUUUAUAGAAGAAGGAGCACUGCCGUUUUUUUUAAAUCUUUUUAUUUUUAUGUUUUAAAUUUACGUUUAGUGUGUAUGUUUGUUAAGUGAAAUAUUAUUGUAUAAAAUAUACCACUACUUAAAUAAUUAGUUUGUAUUUAGUUUUAAUUAUUUAUAUAUUAUACAAUGUACUAUGUGUGCAUUUACAAAAUCAAAAAACAAUUAGAAAUUAUUUCCAUUAAACAAUUGUAAUAUUUGUAUAAAAAAGAGAACAUAAACAAAUUGUAUUUAUAAGAAUAAAAAUGUUUGUAAAAAAAUUUCAAAAACCAAACAAA